AUUGCUUGUUUACCAUAGACUUCAUAGUUACUGAAUACUUUACUUUUCUCUGCCCUCCGUGUUGGGGGAUUCAACACAUUUAGUAGGUUAGCAGAAAGCAGCAAAAAUGGGUGACGCUGAGACUGACAAGAACAUUGAGAUGUGGAAAAUCAAGCGGCUUAUCAAGGCCCUUGAGGCGGCUAGGGGUAACGGGACAAGCAUGAUCAGCCUUAUCAUGCCUCCCAAAGAUCAGGUUGCCCGUGUUCAGAAGAUGCUUGGCGAUGAGUAUGGCACAGCCUCCAACAUCAAGUCGCGUGUGAACCGCUUGUCAGUCUUGUCGGCCAUUACCUCAGCGCAGCAACGCCUGAAGCUGUACAGCAAGGUGCCUCCAAACGGUCUGGUUGUGUACACGGGUACCAUUAUGACGGAUGACGGCAAGGAAAAGAAGGUGAACAUCGAUUUCGAGCCUUUUAAACCCAUCAACACGUCGCUGUACCUCUGCGACAACAAGUUCCACACGGAGGCGCUGAACGAGCUGCUGGAGUCCGACAACAAGUAUGGUUUCAUCAUCAUGGACGGUAACGGCAGCCUGUUCGGCACGCUGUGCGGCAACACGCGCGAGGUCAUGCACAAAUUCCUGGUGGACCUGCCUAAGAAGCACGGCCGUGGUGGCCAGUCUGCUCUGCGUUUCGCCCGUCUGCGUGUGGAGAAGCGCCACAACUACGUGCGCAAGGUUGCUGAGCUGGCGGUUCAGUUCUUCAUCACCAACGACCGGCCCAACGUGGCGGGUCUGGUGCUGGCGGGCUCUGCGGACUUCAAAACGGAGCUCAGCCAGUCAGACAUGUUUGACCCGCGUCUACAAGCGGUCGUGCUGGGCGUGGUGGAUGUGUCGUACGGUGGCGAGAACGGCUUCAACCAGGCCAUCGAGCUGUCCGCAGAGAUGCUGGCGAACGUCAAGUUCGUGCAGGAGAAGCGGCUCAUUGGGCGCUUCUUUGAGGAGAUCAGCCAGGACUCGGGCAAGUUUGUGUUCUCCGUGAAGGACACCAUGCAGUGCUUGGAGAUGGGCGCCGUGGAGACGCUGAUCGUGUGGGAGAACCUGGACUGCGACCGCUACGAGCUGCUCAACCCCUCCACGCAAAAGACGGAAGUCAAGCUGCUCAGCGCCGAGCAGGCCAAGGACACGUCGCACUUCAAGGACAAGGAGGCGGGCUGCGACCUGGAGGUGCAGGACAAGAUGCCGCUGCUGGAGUGGUUGGCCAACAGCUACAAGAAGUUUGGCUGCACGCUGGAGUUUGUGACCAACAAGUCGCAGGAGGGCUCGCAAUUCUGCCGAGGCUUUGGUGGCAUUGGCGGCGUCCUCCGAUACCAGGUCAACUUGGCAGAGCUGGAUGUGGACGAGGACGAGGGCAACGACGCCCUCUGGAGCGACGACGACUUCUAAACGGCCUGACGGUGGCUUGACGUGCAGGAUGCGUUGUUGAACUAUGGGUUGUUGAACUGGGACAUUACGGGGUUGGGGAGGCAGAGCUGCCUGCGGCCUUUUAUCUGCCAGGAGCGUAAAGGGGGCUCGCCCUGAUGAGGCAAGGCCCUUACCUGGGUGCCGGCUGUGCUACAGCAGAUAUUUCCGCUGUCCAGUGACCCUGAACGGGGGCGGUGCUAAGCUGCUCGAUGUGGGUGCGGCUCCUAUUGAGGUGCGUAGCGCUGAACGGUGCAUAGCUAGGCCUCUGCCGGGCGGCUGAAGCAGCAGGGUGGUCAAGGGCAAGACGGGGAAAUGGGGUGCAUACGGACGCCAGUUGUGGAAGUGGCCAUAGGCCUCACGAGUUGGCGACAUGGGAGGGCUUCUUCCUUUGCAUCUUAACCAUGUAUGUACGACGGACACAAUGACUUUUACCAUGCUUUUGGCGUGACAAUGGUGGUGGUGGCGGUGCAUUAGUAAGCAAUCUGGUGCACCCCUGACUCACAUAGAUGUCUAGUAGUAUUGUUAACGUCUUGCUGGGGGUGUUGCCCGCGCAAGACAACCGUUUGCUCGCCUGGGGAACGGCAUUCAUGCUGUCGAGGUGCUAGACGACAAGAUGUUGCUUUAAAUUGCCUAGAUAGUAGAGAAGCAACCAUUGCCUGUUAGUGGCAACCAGAUAGUUUGUUACGCAGUGCAGGGUAUUUCCACAGGCUGAGCAAUUGCCUUGUUGCGCAAGGGCGGAUGUCCUAUAAACUGUGCGACAUCCUUUCACAUGGCGCUGCAUGGCGGUGACGUUUUACAAAUGAGAGCUUUGUGUGCAAGAAAGUUUGUAUGUUGUGGUCGGUGCAGCAAGCAGCAACACGCUUGCUGCGUGAUUGGGAGGCACUAUGAUUUGUGUAGCUGUUUGGAAACAGGUGUUGUGGUGCCCCUGAAGUCUUGCAGCUUGGGUAGGAUGUACGGGAG